AUGGCUUUCAAGAAAUUGCUGAUCUCAAUCUCUACUUUCAAAGAUAUAUUGAUGUUGAAGUUGAUUCAAGCCAUCAAUCAGAAUAAAUCAAGAGUACAUGAAGUGGCUAGACUAGGUGAAAACUGGUGUUGUGUGUGCUUGUCAAAGUUGAAAGAUGGAGAUGACAAUAGAGUUUUGCCUUGUUUGCAUGAAUUUCAUCGUGAUUGUGUUGAUAAAUGGUUAAAUGGUGACCGGAAAACGUGUCCGGUUUGCCGGUUUUCGAUGGAAGAUGGAAGGAAAUUAUCUAUCAAAACAGAGGCCGCGUUAACAGAGGAGAUGGUCAUUUGGUUUUCCUCUUUUCAUGUUGCUGGCUUCUGA